AUGCCAGCUGUGGGGAUCGACCUGGGCACGACGUUUAGCUGCGUUGGUGUGUGGCAGGGCAGCGAGGUGCGCAUCUUGGACAACGAUGCCGGCAACCGCACCACACCCUCCAUGGUGGCGUACACAGAGGGCGGGCGCCUGGUGGGCGAGGCAGCUCGCAACCAGGCCGCCAAAAAACCGUACAACACGGUGACAGAGCCCAAGCGCCUCAUCGGGCGCCGGUUCUCAGACCCUGCCGUCCAGGCAGACAUUGCCAGCCUGCCCUUCCGAGUGGUGGGCAGCGAGGAGGACAAGCCGCUGAUAGAAGUGCGGCAGCGCGGCCAGCUGCGGCGGGUGAGCCCCGAGGAGGUCUCCUCCCUCAUCCUGUCCCACAUGCGCUCCAUAGCGGCGGCAGGCCUGGGGGAGGAGGUCAGGCAGGCGGUGAUUACGGUGCCUGCCUACUUCUCUGAUGCCCAGCGCCAGGCCACCAAGGAUGCUGGCACCAUCGCGGGGCUGGAGGUGCUGCGCAUAAUCAACGAGCCCACCGCCGCCGCCAUCGCCUGUGAGGAGGAUCGCAGCGCCCGCACCGUGCUGAUUUUCGACCUGGGCGGCGGCACCUUUGAUGUGUCGCUGCUGAGCAUUGAGGAUGGGGUGUUUGAGGUCAAGGCCACAUCCGGCGACACUCACCUGGGCGGCGCCGACUUCGAUUCCCGCCUGGCGGCGUACUGCGCUGAGGAGUUUCAGAGGCAGACGGGGCUGGACCUGAGGGGCAACGCCCGAGCGCUGCGCCGCCUGCGCACCGAGUGCGAGCGAGCCAAGAUCGCGCUUUCCUCCAGGCUCACCGCUGACCUGGCCCUGGACGGCCUGUUCGAGGGCCAGGACUUCACCCUCACCAUCUCCCGUGCCCGCUUUGAGGGUCUGUGCCUAGACCUGUUUGAGGCGUGCCUGCAGCCCGUGGCCCGCGUGCUGCGGGAUGCUCGUGUGAUGAGGAGCGAGGUGCAUGAUGUGGUGCUGGUGGGAGGCUCCACCCGCAUCCCCAAAGUGCAGCAGCUGCUGCAGGACUUCUUCCAGGGCAAGGAGCUGUGCAAGAGCAUCAACCCAGAUGAGGCAGUGGCCUAUGGAGCCGCCGUGCAGGCUGCCAUCAUGACGGGAGAGCGGCACGAGCGGGUGACCGAUCUGCUGCUGCUGGAUGUGACGCCGCUCAGCCUAGGCAUUGCCACCAAGGGUGGCAUCGCCUCCAGGGUGGUCAAGCGCAACUCUACCAUCCCGCUGCACGAGGAGAAGGACUUCACAACCUCCGUCGACAACCAGACCUCGCUGGAGAUCGCCAUCUACGAGGGGGAGCGGGCCAAGGUGGAGGACAACAACAUGCUGGGCAGCUUCAGGCUGGAGGGCUGGGCAUCCCGCCCGCCCCUCGGGGGGUGGCUAAGCGGCGUGGAGCUGGAGCAACUGAUCGGCGACGCGGCGGCGCACCGCGCGGAGGACGAGGAGACGCGGCGGCGGGCGGCGGCGCGGGCCAAGCUGGAAGAUUACCUGUAUGGCGUGAAGCACGCCCUAGAGGAUGAUGCGGUGGCGGCGCGGCUGGGCCAGCUGGGGCUGGGAGAUGUGGCUGCGGUGCAGGAGGAGGUGCUUGUGGCCCUCCGAUGGGUGAACAGCAACGAGGCGAGCGGGCUGAUGCCUGGGGAGCGGUAUGAGGCGAGGCAGCGUGAGGUGCAGGCCCUGGCCGGCCCCCUGAUGGCCGCUCUUUACGGCGGCGCCGGUGCCGGGGCAGCCGCCGAGGCAGCCGCAGGCCUUGGAACCCUGGCGCCGCAGGCGUGGGAGGCCCAGCGGCGGGCGGCACUGCUGGCGGCGGCGCUGGAGGCGGCCUGA